AUGUCGCAGUGGUGGUGGGAAGUACAACCGGAUCUCACUGCGCUCCAUGCCGUUCUUGAGAAUCAAUUCCGACUUCGUAAUCCAUGCAGCCAAGUCGGGAGGAUCGACCGGGAAGAGAUCAGCGUUCCAGACGCCUGUUUCGGCAUUGUCUACCUGUAUACGCUUUAUGAUUCGAUGGAACAGCAAGUCGAUUCUAUUGUUGCGAAACUGGUCUACCCGUGGCGACCACGGUGGAAGACGGAGGGAGAGGUGACUUCGAUGAGAAUGCUUCGGGCUCGACGUACUUGCGUGCCGGAGGUCUAUUGCUAUUGCGCUGAGCCCAAUCCAGUGGGAUUGGAAUGGAUUCUCAUGCAGCAUAUGCCAGGCGAACGAGCAGAUCUCCGCUUCGCCGACUUCGACCCCAAACGUCGCCAGCACGUUAUCGAACAAGUCGCCGAUCUUGUCGCUUGCCUCUUCAGCAUUGAGCAUCGAAUGAUUGGCUCCAUUUCACAGUUCUCCGACAACACAUCCGAUGAGAUUGUCCUGGGUCCGCUUAACGAUCUUGCAUUCGAAGAUCCGCUUUUCAAAGGCGGUGCUAUCCCGGCGGAUCAGUGCGGUCCAUUCAUGACCAAGCGCGAUCUGCUCGAGGCAUUUGCUUUCCUAGAGGCCCGGGCAGAAAACUCAUCGAGCUUUACGAUUUCCUCGAUCUUCAUGCGGGAGAUCAGCACACCUUCCACUUUUCGCAUGGGGACUUAG